GAUACCAAUGCAUAAAAUAUCGCAGUUUGAGAGCCCUUAAACGUAAACCAUCCAAUCAUCCGAGAUUUAAAACACGGAGUUUUAAGAAUAAAAACUUUAAGUGUAUAAUUGUUGAAUAAACUAAGAGUUUUCGCGAUUCUUAUUAAAAAGUGCCGGUAUUUAUAGACAAGAGACUUUUGAUGAAGAUCGUUUUGUUCCACGAAGUUCGGCACGGCUUUCCGCGACAUUCGGCUAUUCAUGAGUACUCGACGAGAAAGAUAUAAAUGAGACACAUUCACACGAUGCUGUCAAAUCAUCCGGAAAUUCUCGUUUCACGUCUUAUCGCAGAAAUACGUGACUUCUAUGUUUGUUGGUGUGCUCGUGUUUCUCUGAUUUUCGUAACUCUUUACUUUGCUAAUGGAUUGCGCUCUCGAGAAUGUUCUCGCAGAGGCCAUGCUAUUUCUCUCAAAUGUCAAGAUCUCAUUCGAUUUUGAAGUUUAUUGAUAUUUACGAUCGUCAGUCCUUUAUACGAGCGUACGUUUUGGAUAACUUUUAUGUCUGCAUUUUGAUGUAUAUUUUGUUCUACAUAGCGUUAUGGUAUGCUCAUAAUAUAAUAAAACGAAUUGAAAAAUCAAAUCGAGAGAUGUCAAUGAUUGUUGCCGAGAAUAAAACCAAAUUAGACAGAUUGGUUUUGUUAAAAACUAAAAAAACGGAAUUCGAAGAAGUAAUCGUAAAAACGACAGAUGCGCAAAAAGUGACUACAAAACAAUUAGAAGACGAAAUGCAUAGACUUAGUACAGAAUUAAUUACGACAUCCAAUAAAAUCACUGGAUUGGAAAAAGCCAUCGAAAAAAUGGUUUUUAGAACAAACACCCAGACAAAUUAUUUACAUGCUCAACCAAUCGAGCUGUCGAGGGUGAAUAUCCAAAAGAAUUCGAAGGAGCCACGAACCCGUUCGAGAAAUUUAAGAUUCUCGAACCGUCAUUUCCACCGUCCGUACCACCGGAACCUCCGCCUCGGAAGUACGGGAUCUUUGUCAGUAGACCGCCUGGGGAGCGCAGAACGUCGUCUGCGGCAGCAGCCGCGACUCCAUCGCCAAAAAUCGGAUUCAAAUAACAAUGCUUCUGCAGAAAAUUCCUCCGAAUCUAUUAAUCAAAACUCAGUCAAUAAAAUUUUUUCACAAUGCAAUUAUCACGAUGGUGAUCGAAAAAGACGUCUCAAGUGGCCCAAAACACGCUUACAACGAACUUCAUGUUAUAAUAUACGUAAAAUUCACAUAGAUUCCUUAAAAAAUGUCACACCUUUCACAAAAUCACUAUUAGGAUUGACUACUAUCUUUCUCAACGAACAUCCAUAAAGAUAGAAUAUUCGAAAAUUUUAAUGAUUUAUCAAAGAUUAAUUCUAUAAUUUUUGAUACCUUUUAUUU